AUGACCCCACCGCGAAGCAGUAACAGGCCCAACAACGCCUCCGCCAGUAAAGUUGCUGGUCGUCAAGAUACUAGAAACUCAGAGGAGCACGAUGGAAUGGAUGAGAUAGUUGCCUCUGGCGAUGUCUGCAUCUCUGAUGCCGACCACGAUGACCAAGAAGAAUCGCAGGAAGAAACACAAUCAAAGUCGGCGGAAGAGCUUCUUUCAACCAUGGUUGUAGGAGCACGUAAACGUCACGUAGCCAAGAAGAAGAAAGUCAUCGAAUCCUAUAGUACUACCGCAGAGACCAUCGAGACAUCCAUCGACACUUUGUUCGAUGAGCAUGAAGAGAAGUCGUCUGCAGCUCACGAAGCACAACUCAUACGUCUCAAAGAACUCCUGGAUCAGAAGGCCAACAUCGAAGCAGCCAUGGAAGCAAAGUUAGAGGCUUUGAGAUCAAGCUACGACGCUCACUCGCGCGAUCUUGAGAGCGUGCUCAGCACACGCAUCAUGGAGCUGAACUGA